AUGACUUGUGUUUUUUGCCUUACUUUCCAGUUGGCCUGCUGCUGUGGUACUGCCGCUUGUUCCUUGUGCUGCAAAUGCUGCCCCAAGAUAAAGCAGUCAACCAGCACCCGCUUCAUGUAUGCGCUUUACUUCAUCCUGGUGACCGUCAUCUGUUGCAUCAUGAUGUCAACAACAGUAGCCAACGAAAUGAAAACGCGCAUUCCCUUCUACAAAGAGCUGUGCAAGGGCAUUCAGGCAGGCGAGAUGUGCGAGAAGUUGGUGGGAUACUCUGCGGUGUACAAAGUCUGUUUUGGAAUGGCCUGUUUCUUCUUUUUUUUCUUCUUGUUCACCAUCAAAAUUAACAGCAGCAAAAGCUGCCGAGCAUACAUUCAUAAUGGAUUCUGGCUCAUUAAACUCAUACUUCUGGCAGCAAUGUGCUCAGGAGCCUUCUUCAUUCCUGAUCAGGACACUUUCCUCAAUGCCUGGCGCUACGUGGGAGCAACAGGAGGUUUCCUUUUCAUUGCCAUUCAGCUCAUCCUGCUUGUUGAGUUCGCACACAAAUGGAAUAAAAAUUGGACUGCAGGUGCAAACCACAAGCAGAUGUGGAGUGGUUUGCUGGCCCUGGUCACUCUCAUCUUGUACUCCAUUGCUGUGGCAGCCUUGGUCCUCAUGGCUCUUUUCUACACACGCUCAGAGGGCUGCAUGUACAACAAGGUCCUGAUCGGUGUGAACGGUGGCCUGUGCCUCUUUGUGUCGCUGGUGGCCAUAUCGCCCUGUGUCCAGAAUCGCCAGCCCCAUUCUGGUUUGCUACAGUCAGGAGUUAUCAGCUGCUAUGUUAUGUACCUCACUUUCUCAGCACUAUCCAGCAAGCCACCAGAAACUAUCCUGGAUGAAAACAAUCAGAACAUCACAAUCUGCGUCCCUGAAUUUAGCCAAGGCCUGCACAGAGAUGAAAACCUGGUUACUGGCCUGGGUACUACCAUUUUGUUUGGCUGCAUUUUAUAUUCUUGUUUGACCUCAACAACACGUGCAAGCUCAGAGGCUCUGAGGGGAAUAUAUGCAACACCUGAAACUGAAGUAGCUCGUUGCUGCUUUUGCUGCCUGCCCGACGGAGACGUUGAUGCUGAAGAACGCAUUGAAAAAAGGGGAGGCCAGACUGUGAUUUACGAUGAGAAGAGAGGCACAGUGUACAGUUAUGCCUUCUUCCACUUUGUUUUCUUCUUGGCUUCGCUCUAUGUGAUGAUGACAGUAACUCAUUGGUUCCAUUAUGAAAGCGCUCAGAUUGAAAAAUUCUUCACCGGAACCUGGUCCAUCUUCUGGAUUAAGAUGGUCUCCUGUUGGGUUUGUGUCUGUCUGUACUUAUGGACUCUUAUUGCUCCACUCUGUUGCCCAACCAGAGAGUUCUCAGUGUGAACACUCAGAAGGUCCUUCUGCCUUUUUAUUUUUUCUUUUUUCUUUUUUUCUGUUAAACAUAAAAUACAACAGUCAUUUUGUAAUGAGGAAACACCUGUUGCCCACUUAUCAUGAUGUACCAGUUAGUAAAUUUUUAGUCAGACUAAACAAAUGAUCAAAGACUUUUUUACCUUUUUUAACUGUCAUGAACAAGCAUUGCCCAAGGGAACAAAUGUGUUCCAAAACUUUGUAACGCUGAUGUGUGGAGUGUAGGAAACACAGUUAUUGCAUGAAAUGGUAUAAGUGGAAUCUUUUUCAAAUAACUGACAAUCUUUCUCUGGCUUCAUUGGCAAGAAAAGAAAAACUCAUGGUGCAGAUGUAUCUUCUUCCUUUGAAUGUUUGGUAUCUUCUAGCAAAUAUGCAUUCCUUUUUAUACUCUUUUAUUAACUGUGUCUUUUACGGUUUGCAGUGAUGAUUUGGACUGCUGUUUUGUACAGCAUAUAAUUCCUCUAAGUAGUAUCCAGAUAAUUUUUUCUGAAAACGUAACUAAAUAUUCUGUAGAAAUAGAGAAUAUGUAAGAAUUUGACUGCCAAAGCAUCUACUAAAAAUCGUUUAUCUAAAUAUUAAAUAUAUUAAGUUAUUGUGUACCUAGAUUGAGAAAGGAAUGUACCAAUGAUAUUAGAGUAUUUAUUCUAUUAUAACUUUAAAAGGCACCUGAAUAUUUUAUGCAAUUCAGAUCUGGUCCAGUUGUUAACAGAAGGGGAGUUCGACAUACAAAUUCUUAAACUCUGAAUUUUGUCCAACGCUGCUUUGCCAGCUUACUUAAACUGCAAGUUGUGUGUACUGCCACAGGGAUUUAAGAUACGGUACAUUCUUUAUUCAAAAUGUUUGGUGUUGAGAAAAUGCUAUAUGAGAGGAGCACUGCCAGUUGCUGUUAAAUUUAAAAGUGGAGUGCUCAUUUACUUUUCUGCCCUGCUGUUUCAGCUUGUGUCUAAAGAUCUCCCAGGUUUUUCGGUUAUGUUUCCAUUACUAAUUUUAUAAUAUUUUAAAUGCAGUGGUGGUCAGAAGAGGACUAUAUAUAGCGCGUCAUCUUCCUUUUCUGCCCGUGUGUUGGUUGGAAAGUAUUCUUUCUAACUGCUAUAUUUUUAUACUCCUCUGUUGAUGUUUUGCUGUUGGGAAGGGAGUUAGCCAACCAGUCCAUUAAUGGAGACUAAACUUCUGUUGGAGAACUCCUAUUCCAAGCAGUGGGAUAAGCAGUCAGAAAUACAAAACCAGAAGACGCAAAUGUAACAGCAGCUGCCUUAGUACAAAUGACUGACUUGACAAUAUUAAACCGUACCACAUCGUUUUUAUUUGCUUUAAGCAGAUAAUUUGGUGGUAGAACAACAGCUCAGAUGCCCUAAGUGCUGAAUAAGGUUGAACCUACUAUAAUUAUCUACAUUCCAGUGGGAUGAAUUUAUAACUUAUUCUAGUCCCAGAGGUUCUGUCUUCUGUCUCUUUCUAUAUAUAUACAUACAUACAAUGUGACAUAUGCAGGAUAUUAACAAAAUCAGCCGAUUUAGCAGUUUUUUUUUUAAAUAGGACUGAGCCUUAAGUCUUCACCCAAUGCUUUCUGCGAAGCAAAGAAAAGCACAACAUAGAGGCCAGUGAGAUGGCCAAAGCAUCUGCAUGCCUUAUUUGUUCUGUUGCAAUAAUCGAUGUCUAAUGCACACCUGGUGAGAAAUCCUAACGUAACAGAUCUCAGUUCUGCUCUUGUGUGCAUUACCGUUUUUAGCUUGUUGCUGUAUUAUCCUAGGGCUUCUGUCCUGCCUGGAGCUUGCUAGGGGUGCAAUCUUCCCAGCCCCAUGCACGCAUACCUCAAACAAAAUCUACAGGUCUGCAGUCCUGUAUACUUCUGCCACCUACCCCUGUGAUUAGGAGCCUCAAAAGAGAUCUGAGGGAAAGAGGAGCCUGUCCAGAGGUGACUUUCUUGUUACUCUUCUCCUUGUUUGCAACUAGGGGAAAGAAAGCAGUUGGAGCUUAGCUUUGACAUUGAGUUAGAAAAGCAACAAAUAGCUCCAGAGUGGAAGGCAGUGGUUUUUUUUUUCCUUUCCUUUUGCUUCUGCUGGGAGGUUCUGAUCUUGCCAAAAGUUCUGCUACCAUGGGGGCCUGUCAGUAUGUCUCUGACUGCAUUUGGAGUCCAGCCAUGCAGAUCCUUCUACAGCAGAGAAAGGCCUUUGUUAAUGCAUUUGCAAUCUAGAAGCCUUUAUCUGUCCCAUCUCUAAGAUAAGAGCUUAUGGGCUGUGCAAUGAUGACUAACAGUUGUCCCACCUAACUCAUAGCAGCAAUUCUAACAAACAAUCUCAAUCCAGAGCUAGAGCUGUGAGCUGCAGUUGAGAUAGUCCAGGCUCUUGUUCCUGCCUUGGUGAAUGCUGUUCCCUAAAGUAUAGAGGCUUACAGGAGUUGCUUUCUAGUGCUGUAUGUGUCGUACUGUGAGAAACCAAGCAUGUUUUUUAUAACAUAAAUCUGGGCAAGAAGCUCUAAAGAAGAAGGCAUGCACUAUGUCAAGUGAUAAGGCGGGGAAUGGUAACUGUUCUCUGGUUCUGAUAGCAGGCAUCCCAAUCACAAGUGUGGAUGAUCACAGAAUACCUUGAGGAAGGAACCUCAAGGAGGAUCUGGUCAAACCUUUCUUGGCUAAAAUCACCUAGACAAGAUGGCCCAGCACCCAGCGUCCAAUGUUGAGGAAUCCACCAAUUCCCUGGGGAAAUUAUUCCAACAGCUGAUUGUUUUCUUUGUGGAAAAUUUUCCUUUUGUGUCCAAUUGGAAUGUCCCCAGGAGUAACUUGUACCCAUUACCCCUCAUCUUUCCCAUGUGACUCCUUGUAAAACAGGAGUCUCCAUCUUCU